AUGAGUGUACAGAUAUUUGGAGAUCAAGUGACAGAAGAAAGAGCGGAAAAUGCUCGUUUGUCGGCUUUCGUGGGAGCCAUUGCCGUGGGUGAUUUAGUGAAAAGCACGUUGGGCCCUAAGGGGAUGGACAAGUUGUUGCAGAGUGCAUCGAGCAAUACUUGCAUGGUGACGAAUGAUGGUGCAACGAUCCUGAAGUCGAUUCCGUUGGACAACCCAGCUGCUAAAGUGCUGGUGAACAUCAGUAAAGUGCAGGACGACGAGGUUGGUGACGGUACCACCAGUGUGACUGUGUUGAGUGCAGAAUUGCUUAGAGAGGCGGAGAAAUUGAUCGAUCAGUCCAAGAUUCACCCUCAGACCAUCAUUGAAGGUUACAGAUUAGCCUCGGCGGCUGCGUUGGACGCGUUGGCGAAAGCAGCCGUGGACAACUCCCAAGAUAAGACCAAGUUCCGUGAGGAUUUGGUUCAUAUUGCCAAGACUACACUAUCUUCCAAGAUCCUGUCUCAAGACAAGGACCAUUUUGCCGAGUUGGCCACCACUGCGAUCUUGAGAUUGAAAGGAUCUACCAAUCUAGAACACAUCCAGAUCAUCAAAAUUCUUGGUGGGAAACUAUCGGACUCGUUCCUUGACGAAGGUUUUAUUCUCGCCAAGAAGUUUGGUAACAAUCAACCAAAGAGAAUUGAGAACGCCAAGAUUCUAAUUGCUAAUACUACUUUGGACACAGACAAAGUCAAAAUUUUCGGGACAAAGUUCAAAGUCGACUCCACUGCCAAAUUGGCAGAACUAGAAAAGGCGGAGCGUGAAAAGAUGAAGAGCAAAAUUGCCAAAAUCUCCAAGUUUGGUAUCAACACUUUCAUCAACAGACAGCUAAUUUAUGACUACCCAGAGCAACUCUUUACAGAUUUGGGUAUAAACUCCAUCGAACAUGCGGAUUUCGAAGGUGUCGAAAGACUAGCUUUAGUCACGGGUGGUGAAGUGGUGUCCACGUUCGACGAGCCAAGCAAAUGCAAAUUAGGAGAAUGUGACGUGAUCGAGGAGAUCAUACUUGGCGAACAGCCAUUCUUGAAGUUCAGUGGCUGCAAAGCUGGCGAGGCCUGUACCAUCGUUUUAAGAGGUGCCACCGAACAGAUGCUAGACGAAGCUGAGAGAUCCUUACACGACGCAUUGUCCGUGCUGUCCCAGACCACUAAGGAAACAAGAACAGUCUUAGGUGGCGGUUGCGCCGAGAUGGUCAUGUCCAAAGCCGUGGACACUCAAGCGCAAAACAUCGAUGGGAAGAAGUCCCUUGCUGUGGACGCCUUUGCCCGCGCCUUAAGACAGCUGCCAACUAUUUUGGCAGACAACGCCGGAUUCGACAGCAGCGAGCUCGUGUCCAAGCUAAGAUCCUCCAUAUACAACGGUAUCUCUACUUCCGGCCUGGACCUCAACAACGGGACUAUCGCCGACAUGAGAGAGCUAGGUAUCGUCGAGAGCUACAAGCUGAAGCGAGCAGUCGUGAGCUCAGCAUCUGAAGCCGCUGAGGUGCUACUAAGAGUGGACAACAUCAUCCGUGCCAGACCAAGAACCGCCAAUAGACAGCAUAUGUAA